UUACCUCGUCGCUUUUCUUUGAACCGACCGGAUAGAUAAUCUAGUUCAAGUAGGAUUGGGAAAGUUGUUGUUAUUUAAGGGAGCCUUAACCUCUCUUUUCCUUACGAAAUAACAAACCCUUUCUCCUAAAACCUCUUUCUCUCUCUAAAUUCUCUUCUCCCUCACGUCAGCUUUCCCUCUCCCAAACCCUAGCCGCGCACGCCUUGUGCUCCGGCCGGUCAUCGAAGCUACUUCGUCGUAUCAAAUUGGUGCUCCAUCUUCGUGUUCAUGGCUUCAUCCGACACCCCUUCCUCGGCGUUGACUCUCGAAGAUAUUAUGCAUGCUAUCACCGACAUCCGAAAAGAUCUGCACGCCACUAAGGCGCGGGUAACCGAGCUUGCUGCCGCCAAACCCAACGAGACAGCAGUGCCCAACCGGCAGCCGUGCACAGGUUGGCGACCACCACCCUCUCGCACAACGGCUGGCAGCGCCGAUCCGGUGCCCCGUAUGCGAGUUGACGCUCCCCGUUUCAACGGCGACGACCCCACGGGCUGGAUCUUCCGUAUCCAGAAAUAUUUUGAUUAUUUUCUCACGCCUGAGCCUAAACGGCUCCAGCUAGUCGCCAUGUUGAUUGACCACCCGACAUCUGAUUGGUUUCACUACUACCAGUCCAACACAGUCCAACACACACGGCGCAUCUUGGGCGGAUUUUUUGGUCGCCGUCCAGCAACGACGGCUUUUGAAUCCUUGCUUAAUAAGGUUUCGGGGGUUCCUGAGGCGACACUGAUUUCCAUGUUUGUGGCUGGUUUGAAACAACCGGUUCAGCGGGAGCUUAAUCUUCGCAACCCGACCACUCUCCAGUCCGCCUUUGCCUUGGCACGGGAGCUAUCAGCAUGUCAUCAAGAGGCCGCGGUGACUUUUGGGACAUCACCACGCCGCCCUUGGCCGAAUCGCCCACCACCGUCCUCUGCCGGCAUACUACCCACUCCACCACCCCAAACCCGCACAGCGCCGGGGCUGCCCAAACCGCCGGACCGCCCUUUUCCCGGCAACCUUCCGGUCGUGACAGUCUUUCCGGCGGAAAAGGCGGAACGUAGCAAGAAAGGCCUUUGUUGGUGGUGUGAAGAGAAGUGGGACCGUAGCCAUAAUUGUCGUCGGCGUUUCUUGGCACUCAUGCGUCCGGACGAUGAAGAAGAGCUGCCCCCGACCAGUGAGCCUACACCAGACAUGCCCGAUCCUACUGCCGUUAUCACAGGAGAUGUUUCGAGCAUUCAUUCCAUGUCGGGCAGCCCGAACCCCCGCUCUCUUAAAUUGGCAGGCUCGGUUAAUGGCAAGGGAGUCCAAGUCCUUCUCGACAGCGGAAGCACGCACAAUUUCAUCCAUCCCGGAGUCGCGGAACGCCUGUCCCUGGUGCUUCACCCUGUUUCGCCCUUCCGUGUCUAUGUGGCAAUGACCACGGCUCCUGUAUUGCGCCUCCCCGACUUCAACCAAGUCUUCUACCUGGAGACCGACGCGUCUAACUCCGGUGUCGGUGCGGUUCUACUACAACACGGUCACCCACUGGCUUUCUUCAGUAAAAAGUUGGGGCCUCGCCGCCGUCUCGCUUCCACUUACCAUAAGGAACUAUAUGCUAUUGUUGAGGCGGUGCAAAAAUGGCGUCAAUAUUUGCUCGGCCGCGAAUUUGUGAUUCGGAGUGAUCAACGCAGCCUAAAAGAACUUCUCCAUCAAGUAGUCCAAACACCGGAUCAACAAUUUUAUAUCCGCAAACUCAUGGGGUACAAAUUUCGUAUUGAGUAUAAAACCGGGGCUUCCAAUCGCGCCGCCGAUGCCCUCUCCCGCCGGGACGACGACGCCGAACUAGCCACUCUAUUCACCACUUACUCCCGUCCACUCCCGAAGCUACUAGACGCCUUGGCCGCCGAAAAUUCACAGGAUUCUGAACUCCAGCAGCUGCAUGCUGCGGUCACAGCUGGGUCAGCGAAGGCAGACUUCUCCGUGCACGAUGGGUUACUCUAUUAUCGCCACCGCCUGGUCCUCAGUUCGGUAUCCCCCUUGCGCCAUCAGUUGCUCGCCGAAUACCACAGCUCCCCAAUGGCAGGACACCAAGGAGUGGAGCGGACGUUCCACCGCCUCGCCACCACCUUCUAUUGGCCAGGCAUGCGCAAGGACGUACGGCAAUUUGUGGCCGCUUGUUUAGCCUGCCAAACCACAAAGUAUUCUACGCGGAAGCCCGCGGGCUUGCUACAGCCCCUGCCCACGCCCGAUCAGGUCUGGGAAUCAGCUUCAAUGGAUUUCAUCACCGGUCUGCCACCCUCCCGUGGGGCUUCUACUAUCCUAGCUGUGGUUGAACGCCUGACGAAGUACUCCCAUUUUGGCUCCUUACCGGCAGAUAUUGACGAAGCACUCCCAUUUUGGCUCCUUCGUCUAGUGCUCUCAUUUGUGUGGUUCACAUUCAUUCUUUAAAAAUAGUGGGACGGAGGGAGUAAUAAUCUCAAAACCAAUCAAAAGACAAUAACAUUACAAUCGAAAGAAAAUAAGCAAAUACAAUCGCAUCAGUUAACCAAAUAUCUAGCACAAAUGUACAUUCUGUUUCAGUACGUUCAAUGAUCUUUUACCGGCUCAUAGCCCAGCUCAAUGUCAUCAAUUGACGGCUGAUUUUUUCAAAUUUUUUUUUAAAGAAUGAAGUACUGUAAUUCGAAGCUAAAAAGUGAAGCUCCCAUAAAAGCAGCAAGAAAUGGCACAAUUUUAAAAUAAUAAUCCCUAAUCUACGUCGAUGUAAGAAAUCGAAUCCACAAAGAAGAAUGUCAGAAAGAUUGGCGUAAAAAAGGAGAAAACAUAACCUGACAGUAGGUUAUCUUCUUCGUUCGUCUCUGCGCGUCGUCGAAGUCGGACGCCGGCGAGCCCGUCAGGUCGUCGCAAGGUGGAAAGCAGGGGAUCCGGUUUAGCUGGUCGAUGCGAAGAAAUAGCAAGAAAAUAAAUGGAGGAAUCGCCAAACAAAAGGGAGACUGCGGAAAGGAAUGAACUUUCCAAUCUAAU